AUGGCGCCAGUAGAAGUUCUCAUGGUCGGUACUGGCGAGUACACGACUGGUUUCGUAGGAGGCGGUGCCUCAAAAUCAGACAAGAAGGUCGGUGUCGUAGGACUGACGCUGUUUGAUCUCCGGAGGCGCGGCAAGGUGGGCAAGCUGUCCAUGGUUGGAACAUCGGGCGGCAAAUUCCCCGCCAUCCGCGAGCACCUGCAGAAGAACAUCUCCGAGGCCUACAAUGGUCUGGAUGUAUCUUUUGACGAGUUCCCGAAACAAGGGAAAACAGACCCGAACGCGUACAAGGAGGCUAUUGACGCGCUUCCAAAAGGCAGUGCGAUCACCAUCUUCACCCCUGAUACCACUCACUACCCGAUUGCCUUGUAUGCCAUCGAACGUGGAAUCCAUGUCUUGAUCACAAAGCCUGCAGUGAAACUGUUGGAACACCAUCAAGCGCUUCUUGAUGCCGCAAAAAAGCACAACGUGUUUGUUUACAUUGAGCACCACAAGCGAUAUGAUCCCGCCUAUGCGGAUGCGCGUUUCCGGGCACAGAAGCUGGGUGACUUCAACUACUUUUACUCCUACAUGAGCCAGCCAAAGAGUCAGCUGGAGACGUUCAAAGCGUGGGCAGGUAUUGAUUCAGAUAUCUCCUACUACCUCAACUCCCACCACAUCGACGUCAACGAAUCGAUGAUUCCCGACUGGAAACCUGUUCGUGUCAUGGCUAGCGCCGCAAAGGGAAUUGCAACAGGUCUGGGAUGCGACCCUGCCACCGAGGACACAAUCACACUUCUCACCAACUGGGUGAAGAAGGAUGACCCCAGCAAGGUUGGAACGGGCGUUUACACAGCAGGUUGGGCAGCCCCACAAAAGGCUGGUGUACACUCGAAUCAAUACUUCCAUUACAUGGCAUCUACUGGAGAGAUUCGUAUCAACCAGGCCAAGCGAGGCUACGACGUCACUGAUGACGAGGGCGGACUGCUCUGGUAUAAUCCUUUCUAUAUGAAGUACGCUCCUGAUGAAGAGGGCAAUUUUGCAGGGCAGACGGGCUAUGGAUACAUCUCAUUUGAGAAGUUCAUUGAUGCUGUCAACAACCUUAACGCAGGCAAGGUCACGCUAGACCAGCUCGAUGCGCGGCCACUACCGACUUUGAAGAACACCAUCGCGACAACCGCAAUUCUCGAGGCUGGCCGGAGAUCGCUGGACGAGAACCGACCCAUUGAGAUUAUCCAAGAAAAUGGUGUCUGGUCUCUAAAGUAAAUGGCAGUCGUUAGUAUCAAAUGAACAUUUCACUGUGUCGGC